GCCGCCAGGGAGACCAGUGCUGCCCACCAUGCGAUUUCGACGCCUGACCCCUGGUUACUUCCGGGUACUACAGAUGCAGGUAGCUGGUGAGCUGAAGGCAGAGCCCCGGAGUCUGCUGGCGGGAGUUGUGGCUACAGUGCUAGCUGUCCUCGGGCUGGGUGGCUCCUGCUAUGCUGUCUGGAAGAUGGUGGGGCAACGGCGGGUGCCACGGGCCCCAUAAUGAAGACAGACUCUCACCUGGGUGCUGGGG